GAUUUGCAAACAUUGGCGAUCACCUUCAUCGAUUCCCUCGUCUGCUCGUGUGCGUGUGUGUGUGUGUGUGUGUGUGCCGCCUGUAGAGAUUGCGGCUUUGUUAUAUCCUGUGGUUGUUUGACGACGCUGGUGGGGAGGUGGAAGGUGCUGGCACUUAACAGUUUCAGUCUGACUUCCCUGAGCAUUCUUGCUGGAUUGGCUGUCAUGUUUGCUGUCAAGAGCAGUGCUGCUAUAGAAGCUGUGAGGCUGGCCAGCAACAUGAGCAGCUGGGAGCAGGAGGAUCAGUCUGCUUCAGAUGUGGAUAAUAGAUGUGAUGAUAAGAAUUACCAGGAGGCAGGCACCUCUGUUCAAAGAGAAGAGAGACUGAAGGAGGAGGAUCAAUCUGCCUCAGAUGUGGAGAGCAGCAGGAGUGACAGUGUGUAUUUUUCUGCAGCAGACAGCUCUUUACACAAGGAAGAAAGCAAAUUUGAGUGUCAAGAGUGUUUUAAAACAUUUAAAUUUAAGAGUGAUCUUAAGAAACACACCCUAAGACACAGUGGUGUUAAAAAUUAUGAAUGUCAGGAGUGUGGAAAAAGAUUUAUUCAAAAGUAUUACCUCACUCGACACACCCUGAUCAUGCACUCUGAUGAUAGGAAGUAUGAAUGUGUAGAGUGUGGGAAAAGAUUUGCUCGAGAAUCUGACCUCAACCAGCAUACCCCAAUACACAGUGAUGUUAAAGAUUAUGAAUGUGAAGUGUGUGGGAAAAAAUUUACUCAUAAAGGUAACCUCACUCAACACGUUAUGGCACACAGUGGUGUAAGAAAUCAUGAAUGCCAAGAAUGUGGGAAGAGAUUUAUUCACAAGACCCACCUCACCAGACACACCCUGACACACACUGGUGUAAGAAACCAUGAAUGCCAAGAGUGUGGGAAAAGAUUUACCCAGAAGUAUAAGCUUACCCAACACAGUCUGACACACACUGGAGUUAAAAACUACAAGUGCCAGGAAUGUGGGAAAAAAUUUGCUGAUAAGUCAAACCUCACCCAGCACACCUUGUUACACACAGGAGUAAGAAAUUAUGAAUGUAAUCUGUGUGGGAAGAGAUUUGCUCAAAAGUCUACUCUCACUGGACAUGCCUUGACGCACAGUGGUGUUAAAAAUUAUGAAUGUCAACAGUGUGGAAAAAAAUUUGCCCAAAAAUCUACCCUCACCAAACAUAAUUUGACACACACUGGCAUUAGAAAUUAUGGGUGUCAAGAGUGUGGUAAAAGAUUUCUUUCCAGUUCUUGUCUCAGUAAACACAUCCUUAGACACAAUGCCUCAAGGGAGUGCAGGUGUGAGAUUUGUGGGAGGUGUUUCAAGACCAAGGGUGAUGUUAACCAACACAAACGCACCCAUGUUUGAGGUGGUUUUUGUGGUUGUACUAGUGACUGUGAGAAUAGAUGGUGUAAAUGAUCAUGGUAUUAAGCAGUCUGCUGGCAGCCAUGCCAUUGUGUUACAUGAAGGAGUAAUGGAUUUGGGAAUUAUAUUGUUGACAGUAUAGGUGUGACACUUUUUUUCUGGAAAAUAAAGCUGGGAGUGAAUGUUUUUGUCUUAUGAUAUAUUUCACACUGUAAUCCACUUUGUUUUUGGUGUUUUUUGUUUGGACACAAACAAAAUACAAACUUGGUAAUUUUUUUAUGAGAUAGAGAAAGAAUAAAUGCACCCUUAAUUUUAAAAGCAAAAUAUAUACACCACACCUUUGAAUCUUUUGGAAAAAAGCAGACUAUUUUAAGAUCUGUUGAAAAAGAACAAACUGUACCUUAAACUGUUAAGAACUAAUUGGACCUUUAAUUCUUCUGAGAAAGAACAAACCAUCCUUCUUAUUAACUUUGUUGAAAAGAACAUAAUCCUAUUUGUUGAGAAAGGAAAGUGCUUUUGAUUAUUAAGAAAGAACAAACUGUGUCUUCAGGUGUUGAGAAAACAAACUGGACCAUUAAAUGUUGGAAACAAUAAAAUGUACCAGUAACUCUUAGCCAGUAACAGGAAUUGCUGUGAAGCCCCAAAUAAAAAAAAAAUGUCUGUUUAUAGUUAAUGCAGACCACAAGCCUGUAGCAUAAUUAUAGCCAUACUUAUACAAAUAAUAAAUAAUGGUCACUUAAUUAAGUUUUGUGCAAUGAACAUAUAGCAGUUGUUCCAUUAUGCAGGGUUUUAACAUGAUCUAUAUUUAGAUUACUUCAAUAUGGAACAGCUGCUAUAUGUUCAUUGCACAAAACUUAAUUAAGUGACCAUUAUUUAUUAUUUGUAUAAGUAUGGUGAAUAGAGUCAUUCAUGCCCACAGCCAAAGCUGUGUCCAGGACUUGUGACCUGGAUGUGAUUUCCCUCCCUAACUAAGUAUUUGCCUUACAUUUGCAUCAUUAUUUUAUAUGAUAUAUAUAUAUAUAUAUAUAUAUAUAUAUAUAUAUAUAUAUAUAUAUAUAUAUAUAUAUAUAUAUAUAUAUAUAUAUAUAUAUAUAUAUAUAUAUAUAUAUAUAUAUAUAUAUAUAUAUAUAUAUAUAUAUAUAUAUAUAUUCAGUUUCAUAUCUUUUAUAUCCUUAGAAAAUGCCUCCCUGUUAAAUCUCAGUGCUUAUAUAGCUUUAGUUCCACAAGCUAAGAGAAUGUCAUAGAGCUUGAAUGAUGCAUAGAAGUUAUCCAUUCCAAGCACAUAUCCUUUAUUCAGUAAGGGUUUUAUGAAGGCAAGAACAAUCUCAGUUGGGUUGGACAGCUUAUAGUUUGAUCUGACAACCCUGGUAUUUUAGCACUUAUAUUCAGUGCCCUUCCCUGUAUAUGUCAAAACAUCCCAUGCAUAGCCUGUUUCAGUCUCUGCUAGGAUAUACAUGUCCAUGCCGAACCUUGCCUUGUUUAGGAUAUACCUUUUCCAUUUCAGUCUUUCUUUCCAGAGUAAGAGGGACUCAAUAAAUGCUAAUAUUUUCCUUUGGAUGUAAUUAGACUUGUAUUUAUUCCUAAAUUUAUCAGAUAUUUCCUUAAAUUUGUAAGAUGGGUCUGCAUUAUUUUCAUUGUCAGUAAGAUGCAAAUACUUAAGAAGGGCAAACCUGUCCCUGCUUAUGUAUUUUCCCCAAAAAAAUGGUGGUAUAAUAAUCUGGUUAGCAGAGUGGUAUGAGUAGAUAGUAGUAUUCCUUACUAUGUCUUGUAAAAUGACCAAACCUAUAAAGAUAUACAUCUUUACAA